UGUGUGUAUUUACGUCAGGUAAAAUGUCACGAUGGCUGCGUUGCACAAUCGUGAUACGCAAUUUGGGCACAUCAAUAAAGCGGACGGCGAAUUUCUGGAGUGAAUUCCAGCUUCCGUUUGGAACGGGCUUGUUCUUUAGUGCGCCUGCUUCGGGUUUCGGGAGAGGACCGAUACAGGACAGUGCAGGCAUGGAUCUCAGUGACAUGAGAAAGACAUACAAGGCAGAUGAGGAGUGCUUUGAGGAGGGUCACUUGGCGUCCCUGGAUCCCAUCAAGCAGUUUGGCGAUUGGUUCAACGAAGCGGCCAUGUGCCCGGAAGUGGGAGAGCCGAAUGCCAUGUGUCUGGCCACAUGUACAAAGGAAGGAAUUCCAUCUGCCCGCAUGGUGCUGCUGAAAGGCUACGGCCACGAGGGCUUCCGCUUCUUCACCAACUACGAGAGCCGUAAGGGUGCAGAGCUGGACAGUAAUCCUUUCGCCUGCCUUGUGUUUUACUGGGAGCCUCUAAACCGACAGAUUCGUAUCGAGGGUCCUGUGGAACGUAUUCCCCACCAGUCCUCCGUUGACUACUUCCAGUCCAGACCCAAGGGCAGCCAGAUCGCCGCAGUAGUGAGCAGACAGAGCAGCGUCAUCCCCAGCCGGGAGUACCUGAGACAGAAGAAUACAGAGCUGGAGGAGAAGUACAAAAACACACAGGUCCCCAUGCCAGACUACUGGGGCGGCUACAUUGUCAAACCCCACAUGAUCGAGUUCUGGCAGGGCCAGACCAACCGACUGCACGACCGCAUCGUCUUCCUGCGGCCAAACAACGGAGGAGUCCUUGGGGAGAUGCAGCACCAAGCAGAGGGUGGCUGGGUGUACCAGCGCUUGUCACCCUGAGGCUGGGACAUCCAGCUGAUUAGGGAGGGUACACAGGUCUCAUACUUUGCAUGUAGUCAAAUCAGUGUUGAAGUGUAACAUUCUUCGUAUAUACGAAAUAGAAAUAAGCUGUAUAACAAUACUCACAACAUUAAACUGUGAAAAACCUCAAACCCAGGAAAAUAUGAUUUAAACAUCCUCAGUCAUAAUUUUACUGGCCAAUACCAUAUAUGAUUUUGUUUUAUGAUUAUUAUCUGCUACAAGGUUUCUGGGAUCACACAAUACUUGAAAUUUCUUUAUUGAAUCAUGAACGUGUAGCCUGUAGGGUAUGACAGUCAUGUGAUUUACUUGUGACUGAAUAGCAUUCCAACAAUGUUAACAUUAUAUGUUCAAUUCCAUAUUACAUUUACAAGGUUAACAUACAUUUGUAUGCUUGAUUCCAGAUUACAUUUUUAUAUGGUCUUUGUCCUGUCAGCAACAGACCCUGUAUAUAAAUAUAUAUUUGUAGCUAUGCCAUAGAGUUAUAUUUUACACAUUUUACGUACCUUGAAUUUUUUUCAGAAUUGUCACUGUGGUAUGUUGUAAUAUUGUAUUGAACAACAGUUGUUGAUUUCAAAAUCACAGUACACAGCCUGUUCUUUCAGUCAUUUCCUAAUGGAAUUUCAUAUUUCUGUCACAUCAGAAUGCGGAAUCAUUAGUAUGUCUGCUCUGGGUGGCAGCUUGUUGUAGAGAUAACACUGUUUAGUUCACUAGUUCAGAGGUAUUUUUUUUUAUGUUCCCCGGAUAAUGUUGUACAUUGUUUUUCAAUUAUUCAAUUAUAACACGCAGAAGGAUCCAUAUUUUAUGCGAAUUAACAUUUGCAUGAAAAGAAUCAUUUAAAAAUUGAAAUUGUGUAUUAAAUCAGGAAUGAGUUUGUUUUUCUCUGCAAUGUCUGAUUUAGGUUAAUUACACAUAGAUCUUAGUAGUGUCAUCCCAUGUUUCUGUCUAGCUGUUUGGACUUUUAUUAAAAGUGCUGUAUUAUUCAGUGA